AUGGUUUUCUGGCGUUUGUUGCUGGAAUAUCAAGCAGAAGCCUUGCUUCCUGACUCGUUUGUGGAACUGAUGUCAUUGAGACGCCUGUUAGUCUUUUUGAAUGUUCGUUUUGGAGGGAUUGGAGCUAUUCCACAUCGCCAUGUACUAAGCGGUCGAGUAUUAAACGAAUACGCCGAGCUGCACUCGAUGGAGCAACGUGACGGUGUGCGAGCGAUUCAGAAUCGAAGUGGUGGAAGAGUAAGCUACUUGUCGGAUAUGUGGGAAACGAUUGCGAAACUGCAUGUGCUGGAUUGUGCAAUUGCAUUGUUUGGACAGAUUUUGACUUACGAUUUAAAGGCUACUGGCGAUUGA